AUGGCCGCCGCUACAGCCAGCGCCGACGAUCAGACGACGACCAUCACCCACCGCACCGUGGAGCUAAGCACCGGCGUGCGCCUGCACCUGGCGGAGGCCGGCCCAUCGUCCUCAGCCGCGCCCACGGUGCUGCUGCUGCACGGCUUCCCGGAGCUGUGGUACACCUGGCGCCACCAGAUGCGCGCGCUGGCCGCGGCCGGGUACCGCGCCGUGGCGCCGGACCUACGCGGGUACGGCGACUCCGACGCGCCCGCGGUGGCGGACCCCGGGCAGUACACGGCGCUGCACGUGGUGGGGGACCUGGUGGCGCUCAUCGACGACGUCCUCGGCGGCGAGAAGAAGCAGGUGUUCGUGGCCGCGCACGACUGGGGCGCGCUCAUCGCGUGGAGUCUCUGCCUGUUCCGGCCCGACAGGGUGCGCGCGCUCGUCGCGCUCAGCGUCGCCUACACGCCCCGCAGCGCCGCGCGGAAGCCCGUCGACGGGCUCAUGGCGCUCUUCGGCGACGACUACUACAUCUGCCGAAUCCAGGGCUGUGCCGGCAAAAUCUGGGGCCUUGUUCUAAAAUUUAAAAUAGGCCCUACCCGAUUUAGAAAAAUAGAAUGA